AUGCCAACUUUCAGUAACCUCGUCUUCGUUGUUGCUGCAGGAAUUGCCUUCCUGCAGCCAGCUCUCGCCUUGCCGGUGAUGGCCGGCAGAAGUGGAGAUCGGCCCUCCAAGACUCUCCACAUCGAGUGUGUGGCCGGAGAGUGCUCCGAGGAGGACCUGGCCGCACUUCGUGCUGCGGCCCAGAUGUUGAAGGAGGAUCCUUCUGGGAGGGGGUGGAAAAUCUCCUCCAAAAUCGAGCCUGUCAAGCCAGGCUCUGAUACCGUCGGCGCGAAGAAAGCGCGCCGCGAUGAGGGCCUCUCUGAGGCCGAAAUCGACACCAUCCUCGAGGGGAUGAACCACGCUGACGCCGACAGCGUGGCCAAGUGUGCUGCCGGCAACUGCUCGGAGGCCGAGCUUGCGCUCCUCAAACAGGAGCUAAAUGUGGCUACCAUCCCAAACUGGUUAUGGCCUAUUAUUGGCCGUAUACGUAAACUGAAGUUUACGUAUGGUAUUGAGAUUGGGGUGGAUGAGCCCGCGCCGGCUCCAAAGCCGAAACCACCACCAGCUCCGGAGCCGACAAAGAAGCCGGUACCACCACCGGCGCCGGAGCCCACGAAGGAGCCGGAACCGACGAAGAAACCAGCCCAUGAGGGUUGGUAA